GUUCUUCUUGGACUAAAAAGACAGACAAAGGUGGCCACCAAUACACAAGCGCAAAUCCGAAGUGUCACCCCGUUACUUUGGGGAGGCUUACGUUCCGCAUCUAGUCAUCUCGCACCGUCCGAAGUCGUCGUAUCAUCUUAGCCGGAUUAGUUUGUCGAGGGUGGAAGAUCAACGCAAGAUCGCUAGGUCAAACCUUGGAAGAAGUUCGUAGAUUGGAUAAUUACCGGAGUACAAUGGCCAGCCAAACUCACGAAUUCAAGGUGGAAAUGACCUGCACGGGAUGCUCGGGCGCCGUCGAGCGAGUCCUCGGCAAGCUCAAAGAAAAAGUGGAAAAAGUGGACAUCGACCUGGACAACAAGAAGGUGUUCGUGACGUCGGCCCUUUCGGCGGACGAGCUGCUGGAGACCAUCAAGAAAACGGGCAAGGAGACGAGCUACGUCGGCGUCAAGGCUUGAACUGACCGCGGAGGGGACGCCACUCAGGGAUUCGUUCUCAAUCUGCUAAAACGACUCUUGCUCGCGAAUCGACUUUCGAGUAUUUCUAAUUUCGUUAAAAUAUGGUUCUUUAUUCUAUGUAUGUAAUAAACUAAUUAAAAUUUAAUAUAUAUUAUAAAAUGGGUAGCGUCGACAGAAGUGAAAA